AACACCGCCGCGUUGGGUGGGAGCCGGCGGCGGCCGCGGUGCCGCCAUCCCGGUGCUGUGCCCGCGUCCCGGCCCGGCCCUGCCGCAGGGUCCGGGCCCUCCCGCCCUGCCGCCAUGGACAAAUACCAGGUGCUGGGGCUGGUGGGGGAAGGCAGCUACGGGAUGGUGACCAAGUGCAGGAACAGGGAGAGCGGGCAGAUCGUGGCCGUCAAGAAGUUCCUGGAGAGCGACGACGACGCGGCGGUGAGGAAAAUCGCCCUGAGGGAAAUCAAACUGCUCAAGCAACUCAGGCAUGAGAAUCUGGUGAACCUGUUGGAUGUGUGUAAGAGGAAGAAGAGAUGGUACCUGGUGUUUGAGUUUGUGGAUCACACGGUGCUCAGUGACCUCGAGGACUCUCCCAAUGGACUGGACUUGGAGAGGGUUCGGAAAUACUUAUUUCAGAUUAUGAGAGCAAUUGCCUUUUGUCACAGCCAUAAUAUAAUCCAUCGGGAUAUUAAGCCAGAGAACAUACUGGUUUCCCAGUCAGGAGUUGUGAAACUCUGCGACUUCGGCUUUGCCCGACCCUUGGCCACUUCUGGGGAAGCUUACACGGACUACGUGGCCACCCGCUGGUACAGAGCCCCGGAGCUGCUGGUGGGGGACAGCAAGUAUGGCAGGCCUGUGGACGUGUGGGCUGUUGGCUCCCUGGUAACAGAAAUGCUUACAGGAGAGCCCCUUUUCCCUGGAGACUCAGAUAUUGACCAGCUCUACCAUAUCACCAAGUGCCUGGGUAGCUUAAUUCCAAGACAACAGGAGUUAUUCUAUAAAAACCCCCUCUUUGCUGGCAUGAAGUUGCCUGAGGUGAAGGAGCUCGAAUCCCUGGAGAAACGCUAUCCCAAGCUCCCUGCUGCAGCACUGGAAUUAGCCAAGGAGUGCUUGCAGAUUGACCCAGACAAGAGACCGUCCUGCGCCCAACUUCUGCAGGGCGAUUUCUUCAACAAGGACGGCUUUGCUGAAAGAUUUACUCAGGAGCUUAAACAAAUAAUCCAGAAAGAUGCCAGAGACCAUCAGUUCCAAAAAAAAUCUAAAAAAAGGGACAAAGAUAAUGUUUCAGAAGAAAGAAAAAUCAUCAGUGUCCAGGAUUUCAGCAUAGGCCCAAGGAGCAAAGAUGGGAAGCUGAUAAAGACCAAGCCCUCUAAAGCUGAUGCAGAGAAAGCAGAUCGAUCCUCCAAGCUGAGCUUCCUCUAUGACAACACAAUCCACCCACUGAAAUUGAGCCCUCAGACCAACCUGAAAGAUUCCAGCAGCAGCUUGGACUACGCCAAGAACCUGGGCACAUUUAUCCCUCCCAUCAACCAGAACUUCUCUCCUACCUUUGGGAUGGGGUCUGGGCCUGGGAGCCUUAAUUACAGACUUGAUGAGAAGAGUAAAAAAUACUUGAACCCCUUGCUAAAGGCACGGAAGCCUUCUCCAGUGGGGCGUUGCAGUGUCAGCCUGACACCGGCAAGUAAGAAAAAAUGGGAAUUUCUCAAGACCAAUGUGCGUUUGCCGGAACUAAAUCAUCUCCCCGAGCUGAGGGGAGCGGAAGCUCAGCAUCCUAGAUUUCUGAAGAAGGAAAAUAGAAUGUUUGCAGAGUCCCAAGUCCCCUCCCUCGCUGCUAUCGACCUUCAAAACUCAAGUCUGCCCUCACAGCAGCUGUCAGGGACCUUGAUGCCGGAUGCAUCAGAAGCCAACUUCCCCAGGGUCGAGCACUAGCCCUGGGGAGAUGGUCACACCUGCCUGUAAAAGGUGGGCUUGCAUUUCUGAUGUGUAGCCUGCUGGGGGCUUCCAAGUGGAUGGUUUCAUGAACACUCACCUAGGGAUGGGAAGUGCAAUAGUAAAAUUCUUUUAUACUUCACAUUCUUGCUCAGGACAGGCAGCUGAUGACAGACUUCUUCCUGGAGGCAGUACACAGCUUGCUGUGCCCAGUAAAUCAUUCUCCUGAGCUGAGGUGCUGGGCAUUGGGGCUGGAAAAGAAGCAAUUAACAAAAUUGGGGGGUUGAGCAAGCUGGUGGGACAACAAAAAAAAGGGAAGCUGGCUGUCUCAGUGUGGGGAGGGGAAAAAACAACUCAGAUUUUCUGAUCUGUGAAGCACAGAGGUGUAAGUGCACAGCUUCAGCAAGGUAAGGAUGUGUAACAAAGCAAAAUAAAGGAAGCCUUUCACCAGGGAGCACCUCUGUGUUUUGUGAGUCUGUCCAGAGUCAUUCUCCUUUUCUCCUCUUGAUGCAGGUGACUGAACAGUGGGAGCAAUCCGUCUGAGUUUCCAGGGGCUAAAGCUGCCAGGUGUCUGCAGGGGAGAGGAGGAUCCCUUACUCCUGCUGGUGCAGCAGACUGCCACAUUAGUGGCUCGGGUCCAGGCCAAGGACGGAGAUUGCACUGCCUUUGCUGCUGGAUUUCUUGCAUGCAAAAAGCCCCUGGAAUGUUGACUUUCUGGCUUAGGGCCAGGUCUUGUCUGAGAAGAGUAGUGGUCAUUGGUGUGUGACAAGGGCAGGAGCUGCUUUGGAAGACUCUGAAGGAAGCUGAGCUUUCUUUUGUCCAGCUGCUGCCCGCCUGAGGGGUUUGUUGUUCAGUGAAUCCUGACGAAAGCAGCUGUCAAAAUUCUCCCAUUUCAGUGGGCUGCUGGAUCUGGAUUGAAAAGCACCUUUGCCUUGACAGUGAAGAAAACGUCUCUGCAAGAAAUACAAUAUCUCAAUGUACAAAUCUGCAGCUGUUCCUUUGAAACCCUCGCUAAUGCACUUGUCACUUUGAUUUAGGUUCCUUUUCCAUUCACAUUUUUGACCCCACGUGUGGGCAGUUGUCUUUGGGGUGUUUGCCCUGGGUCUGUUGUCUGGCUGCUGUUGAUGGUGAAGAAAGGAAUAUCCCUGUAGAAUACCAAGCUGUGAUGUAGGUGACACAUGGAAUGUCUCAGCAACUCAUGGUUCCUUUAGGUCCCUUAGGAGAAUGGGACAGUAAACCUUGACUGUUUGGGAACAGUUUUUGCUAACUUGCCCUAGUUUGUCUGUGGUCAGUUUUGGACUGUCCUUGUCUCGCUCACAACUUUUUUCCAUCACCUGUCACAACUCACGUGGUGUCAUUAACUUUGGAACUUAUUUUUCCACAAAAUACAGCCUUUCCCAUCUGUGGAUCACGACAGAAUAUGGUCUGAACUCAUUGUAUUUAGGGAUUUGUCUCUAUGCUGUCUCUUGACGUGUACAUUUCAUUUGUAAAUAAAAAUCUUCCAAUUCCA